CAGGGAGACGGCGCGGGGAACGCCGGGAAGUCGGGGAGGCGGCCCCUAGAGGGUCACGGAGGCGGAAGUGUGCGCUGACCAAGGUGGGCGGGGAAAAGGAGGCCGGCCCAGCGGGCCUCGCUGCCCUAACCUAACAGCAGCCAUUCGGAGCGUGCUUUCCAGCCUUCCUGGGCGACCUCGCGCCAGGCCCGGGGGCACCUCACCCCUCCGCGCAGUCGGCGCCGCUAGCUUCCUGGAAUCGUGCUCCCCGUGACGUCAUACGCGGAGACUUCCGGUUCCGCUCGGGAGGUCGGGCUCAAGUGCCGGGAGCUCCUGGUCUUCCCCGGCUCCUGCUGGCUUGUGGUGGAGGGGCUGGUCUUCUGGGAGGACGGAGCAGGUGGGCGCUGCCGCUGCGGGCCCGGCGGGCGCGGUUUGAAGGCCUGUAUUUGAGGACUUGGAGCAAACCUUUUGCGCGCCUUCCGCCUGUCUAGCGCGCAUUUGUUGAACAUCUUCUGUAACUAGCUUCGGCUGAGUUGACGCGGUCUCUGCUCGCAUUUGCUGUACAAGACAGACUUGAGAGAAGAUGUUGACUGUCUCAGUAUCAAAGUCCGCAGAAGUUCUGUACAUCAGCAGCCUCUGUCCUUGUCCAAAGAGCAGACUCCAUGAAGCCAUUCAGUUUGUGCCUUGUAACAUAUGGGGAAAGCGAGAGAGAAUGAAAAAGCACUCAGCUAGGUGGUAUUGCCUGAGAAUCUAGGCAAUUCUUCAGACAGUCAUGGGUAUCCGAGGACUAAUGAGUUUUGUGGAAGAUCAUAUUAAUGAGUUCUUCACAGAUUUGAAGUUGCGAGACACAAAAAUUAUCAUUGACGGCUAUGCCCUCUUCCAUCGGCUUUGCUUCAGUUCAAACUUGGAACUCCGGUAUGGAGGGGACUAUGAUUCUUUUACAGAUGUUGUAGAAAAAUUCUUUGAAUCGCUUUUUGCUUGUAAAAUCUGCCCAUAUGUUGUUUUAGAUGGAGGAUGUGACAUUUCAGAUAAAAAGCUUAACACUUUAAAGGAUCGAGCUAGGGAGAAGAUCCAGAUGGCCCAUUCCCUUUCUGUUGGCGGGGGUGGGUAUGUGUGUCCCUUACUCAUCCGGGAAGUAUUCAUACAGGUUCUGAUCAAGCUGCGGGUUCGUUUUGUCCAGUGCUUUUCGGAAGCAGAUCGGGACAUUAUGACCCUUGCUAAUCACUGGAAUUGCCCCGUGUUAUCGUCUGAUAGUGACUUUUGCAUUUUUGACCUGAAAAGUGGGUUUUGCCCAUUGAAUAGCUUUCAGUGGAGAAACAUGAACACUAUCAAGGGCACACGAGACUGCUAUAUCCCUGCCAAGUGCUUUUCCCUUGAUGCGCUCUGCUGUCACUUCGGCAAUAUGAACAAAGUUUUGCUGCCUCUCUUCGCGGUGCUGUGUGGAAAUGACCACGUUAAUCUGCCCGUCGUGGAGACGUUCUUAAGUAAAGUGUGUCUUCCUCUUGGGGCUCCCAGUUCUAAGGGGAGGAGACACCACCGGGUGCUGGGACUUCUGAAUUGGUUGUCUCGUUUUGUUGACCCUACCGAAGCAUUAGACAACGUUCUGAAACAUCUCCCCAAAAAGAGUCGAGGAACCGUGAAGAAGCUUCUCUGUGGCUCCAUGGGGGAGUACCUGCAGUCCCAGGGGAGGCUGCAGGACUUCUUCCAGCAUGGUGCUUACUCCUGCCCAGACACCUGGAAUCCGGGUUUACCGCCUUGGGUGCUCGCGGCCUUGGCCAGAGGCCAGCUGUCCCCUUUCAUCAGCGAUGCUCUGGUGCUGAGACGGACCAUUCUCCACACACAGGUAGAAAACAUGCAGCGACCAAACGCCCACAGAAUCUCUCUGCCCAUCCGACAAGUCAUCUAUGGGCUCCUUGUGAAUACACCUCCACAUCUGGGAAAUGUGGCCUGGGAUGCGCUGCCUCCUCAGCCUCCAGCUUUCAGCGAAGUGGAAAGGAUUAAUAAAAAUAUCAAAACAUCAAUUGUUGAUGCAGUAGAACUGCCCAAGGAUCAUUCUGACUUAAGCAAAUUGACUGAGCUCUCCUUGGCUAGACGGCAGAUACUUCUGUUAGAAACGCUGAAAGUGAAACAGAGCAUCCUGGACCCAAUCCCUGCUGCGCUGAAGUUGCCCAUCGCCGUCAGCUGCUACUGGGUGCAGCACACGGAGGCUAAGGCAGAGCUGCAUCAUCUGCAGGCCUUACUGCUGGGGAUGCUGAUGGGACCCUUGCAUGCCAUGAUCAACGGCCCUGAUGAGGAAGCUCUGCAGGGUGGUGGUGCUGAGAUGCUGUAUGAAGAGCUGCAGAGAGUGAAGGCACAGCCGGGCCUGAGGCUGGACUUAGACACAGCUCAUGUCUUCUGUCAGUGGCAGUGCUGCCUGCAGAUGGGGCUGUAUCUCAACCAACUGCUGUCCACGCCUCUCCCAGAGCCAGACCUAACUCGUCCACCCUCUGAGCUUCCAUCAGCAUGUUACAAGACAAAAAUCCAAACUCUUAUCACAGUCUUGAAAUCCUACAGCAGGCUACAAGCCAAAUGUCUUUACCUUCACCACUAGGCUCCUGCCUAUCUGUCCAGCCCUCACAUUAUAUAUACUCUCCUUGCCCUAGCCCCAGACUCCUGUGGUUUUCACCUGUUCCUUCCAGACCCCACCAACACCUCUGCAGAGGCUAUGCCAUUUGGUUACAAUAUCCUGCUGUUCUCGGCUGGAAAUUCUCAACUUAAGGCUUGAUUCGGAUGCCACUAGUUCUAGGAGAUUUGACAACCUCCUACUAUGAAGUUAUUUCUCUCCUUUGGCUACUGUAGCACUUGGGGCAGCACUUACCACUGUACCACAUAUAUUUCACUUUGGUUUCCAGAGUUAAGACUGAGAACUUCCCAAAUCUAAACCUACCAAAAUAUUUGCAGACUAUUAUACCUACAUUAAUAUCAAGGAUUGGUUAACCAUUAUCCAUUAUUAACAAUAACUAACUCUGAAAACCAAACCCCCAAACCCAACAAUAGUUAAUAGUCAUACCAAGUGCUAACUGAUCUCAAGGAAGCUUAAUUAUCAGGAUAAUCUGUCUGUCUAGUCACAUGCCAGUUAGGAUUAACAUUUAUCCACACUGUGUUUUAGUAUGCAAAUCAGCUACUGUUUGGAUUGCAGCUUAAUCUAAAAAGGCAUUUCAAAGAUUUCCAAAUGCCAAUCUCAAGGGAAACUUCCAGUAAAAUAUGUGCUGGAUUCAUUUUACUGUAUGUGUAUUUUUAAAAUAAAUGUGCAAAGACCACUACUAACUUUCAGCAGACAGCCUGUUAACAGUUAUAUCCUCAGCUAACCCAGUCCACGAGCUCUUGAAGGGCAGGGAUGCCACCACCUUUCUAUUCCUAGUACAUUCUAGGUACUAAAGAAAAGUUUACUGAAAUGACAAUUCAUCCAUUUAAAUUGAGUGAGUCAUACGUAGAAGUAAAGUGCACAUGAAUUGCCAAGUGACAAAGGCAGAAAGCAAGGCAAAGUUAAUUAAGGUUCUUAGAUCUUAUAUUUGUUUGCCACCAA